AUUGCAGAUGGAGCUGCCUAAAACGGACUGAUCAACAUCUGGUUAUAUGGCGGCAGUACUUACUUCCUCCUCAGCCAUGUCUCUCUCACCAAAAGCCCUCUUGCAUCGCUCGUGUUUCAACGAGCUUCCGUGCAUUUACACUUCUAGGGUUCCCACUCGGUUCCACCUACAGAAAUCAAAGAGCUCCUCAUCAAACCUGUCCCACUUUCAACGUCUCUGCUCAGUUACCGGCGACAACAAUGUUUCUGGUUCAUGGAAUUCUCAUAACAAAAAUCAUGACCAUGAAGCUAAAUUAUCUGGCAUCUUACCUUGUUUUCCAGGCUCCGGGGAAAGGAGUGAAAUGAGUCGAUCGUCAGCUUCGAAUGAUGUGUUGAAGAAACUAAAGAGAUAUGGGAUUUCUGGAAUAUUAUCCUAUGGGCUUUUGAAUACUGCCUACUACCUUACAACCUUUCUCGUGGUGUGGUUCUAUGUUGCUCCUGCACCUGGAAAAAUGGGUUAUUUCGCUGCUGCUGAAAGAUUUCUCAAAGUGAUGGCAAUGGUGUGGGCUGGGAGCCAAGUUACCAAGCUCGUGAGAGCAGGAGGGGCCCUUGCUCUUGCACCUUUUGUAGACAGAGGAUUGUCAUGGUUCACUGUCAAAUUCAAAUUUGAGUCUCAGGAGAAGGCUUUCAUAGCAAUUGUUGGAUUCUGUUUUGGACUAGCCCUCAUUUUAUUUCUAGUCAUGACGUUGCUCUGGGCAUAAAAUCAUCAAUUCGUUCUCUUUUAGGUGGAGCAUAUUCCAUGUGAAGCAAAGGAGCUGCAUCAAUGUUUCGAAGAUGAAACUACCAAGCAUAGGCAUGUGACUAAUGUUCAUUCUCUCGUGGAUUCAAGACCAUCCAUAUUUGGUGGUGAAAGUUGCAGAGAUCCAGCUUGAUAAAAAAAAAAAAAAAAAAGAGGGAGAAGAAAAGCUUAUCUUUUACUCUUCUCCUACAAAACUUUUUUAUUCUUGACCAUCAAAGAAAAAGCCUUAUCAUCUUAUUGCAGAGAGCACAAUAAUUUCCCACUGAGAACUGCUAUUCUCACAUCACAAUGUUAUAUUCUCAAUUAAGUUUCUUGUCAUUUCUUUUUGGCUCAGACUAGGAACAAGAACAGGACAGGGAUGCCUGUCUCAAGGAAAUAA